CAAGUUUCAGCAACCGCACCGCGAAAAAAAAACACAAAAAUACGACAAAUCGUUGCAUCCGACCCAGCGCUUGCGAAACAUAUAUCUACUGCCACGCCUUUCCGUUUCCUUUCUUCCGCUUGCCAGGUCUGAGCCACAGCCGUAGCCUGCUGAUCAGCACUGGAACUUAUCUCCUGCUGCUCUGCUUAUGGGGCCGGUCUCUGAUGCAGUAACCUCGCCCGAGCACCAUCGCUUUGAUUUCCCCCCUUCGCCGCCCAGUUCUGCUGCAGUCACUGCCCAGUCGUCGCCGCGCCUGUCUGCCCGAAGCCUGUCGCAGAACGACCAGGACAUCGCGGUUAAACUUUCCUCGGCGCCGGUUAUCAUCAGGAGACCCUCGCACAAGUCGGCGUCCAGGCCGCUCCUCGUACACGGCGAUUCUUCGGCCGCUUCUUCGUCGAGUAAUGCUCCACAACAGCACUCGCCGCGCAAGCGUCUCUCCCGCACCUCGACGGCCAGAGCAGUUACCCUGCCCACUGCUCGUCCAUGUAUCCCGGAACGUUCUUCGACUUCGUCCACUACGUCCAGACCGUUAGCACGUCGGUCUUCGUCCACUUCAAGUUCGUCCCUCUCCCCUCCAGGCGAGGAACUGACUAUGCAGCACGCCUCACCGGCUGGCAUCGGCCGUAAGGUCGCUGCUACCCUUCAGCUGUUCAAAGAGUCCACCGGGACCCCGACGACCGAGGAGCCCAACCCUCUCGAGCAGCCCAGAUCGGUAUUAGCCAAGAGGAGAGCAGGAUCAUUCCAUCAGGGAGAUGAUGUCGCUCAAGCACGCUUUGAGUUUGUUAAGAGGUCUGACUGGCCGGACCGCGAAGCGGCCGCGGUGCGCAGGGACAGGAGCAAGGUUACUCUGCAGCGAGUCAAGACGCAAGACAGCCUUACAACUGCUAGAACGUCUUUAUUGAGAGAAAGUAGCGUGGACGAUUUAGCCCAAUGGCGGCAGGCCGUUGUGUCGUCUCGCGACGAUAUAGGUCGUGGUCGGCGACGCGAACGGAGGUCUCGUCCUGAAUCCCCCGUUGCACUACAACCAUCGUCACCUGGUUCAGAUACAUCUGUGUCAUCUGCCGCUACAUUUCAGGAUUCACAUGAGAGGCCUCCUCUACCCUCCCCGUCUCUUCACCGCCGCACACCUGUAUUUCCUCCAUCCCCUUCGCCUUCUCGCCCUCCUCUAGACCGUGUCCCUCCGCCUUCACCCCGCAGGCCCUCCGAUCAUCCUUCAUCGGUCCAACGGCCCACACUAUCCGAUGUACCUCCGCCUAGCAGACUCUUACAUCGAUCGUCGUCACCGUCACCCCCGCGAGCGGAUGAUGAGGACUACGGACUCUCCCUUGAUCCCUUAACCCCCCCACCCCCAGCUCCUACGUCGUAUUCCCCUUAUUCUACGGACGAUGAAUCGGCCUGGGAGACCGCUUCUAUAUCUACCACAGCGACCACCACCACCACAUCGUCUCCCUUUCCUCGUUCCCCGCUCCAGCCUACAUCCACUUCUUUACCCCCGCCGCUGUUGCGAUCACCCGAUGAUGAUGACGAUGACCGAGGGAAUGAAUAUGCUGGUGCACCGCAUACGGAUGAGCCCGCAGCAGACUAUCACACCAAUGACAUUAAUGAUUACCUCGAUGUUGAUUGGGACAUCCCGCCUGAUGGUCUUCCUCAUAUUCCUCUGCGACCUUUCCGUAACCAGGUUGGUGGCCACACACCGAUAUAUAAGUUCACCAAGCGUGCAGUAUGUAAGCCUCUGGUCUCGCGCGAGAACUUGUUCUACGAAGCUGUGGAACGUGAAGCGCCGCCUUUGCUUGAGUUCAUCCCGCGCUACCUCGGUGUGAUGCUCGUGCAAUAUCGGAGGGUGCCUCGCGAGUCUAACUUCGAGUCCGGGUUUCACGAGAAGGGUGAUGCGACGCCACCAGCGCGGCCGCCACUGCACAAGGCUGCGACGGAGACCCCGACGAGAUCAACGCCGAGGCCAAUACCGAAACGGCAAGGUCCUUCGCCAGUACGAGAUCAGCACCAUGGCGAUUCGGAGCCGUCAGAGGCGGAGAUGCCGGAGGUGGCCCUGGACUACAACCGGCACAUUAUUCCGCAGUGGAUGCUGCAGGGUCCGCGGAACCGCGCGAUGUCCCAGUCGUAUGCGACGGGUGGGUCGUUCUUCAGUAAUCCUGCUCAUCGCCGACUGCGCCCGCAUUUGAGCGGUGGGACGGCCUCCUCGCCGGAUCUUGCCCUGAAUCGGGUCCUGGAAGGGAAUGGGUACAGACCACGCCCGAGUCCACUUGCGCAGGGUCAGAGCUUGGGAGUAAGUCUGAACGCACCAACACCGGCGAACUCGCCCAAUGUACCCGCGCGGACUUUGCCGCUGCCUUUGAAUGGUGCUAAGACUACCUCGCCGAAGGACAGGGAUAAGUUCGUACAUUCCGCCGAUGAGGACGAUCAUGCCAUCAGAGGGCGGCCAGCGAUGAGGGAGUCACUCUCAGACCGCGCUGUUAUACCGCCUCAGUCUCCAGGAUUCGUGUUGACCAACGGGUCGUUCGGUGGGACGGGAUCUACAAUGGUCAAUCAGAGGUUCAAGGAUCAUGUCUUCAGCAGCAUCUUGCGCAGGUUCACUAAACGCGCGAAGAGGCGCUGGGGCAGCGUGAGCGGUAUCCGGACGGAGGAUGAGGGCGACGCUGAUUGCGAAGGCGAGGGCUCCGACCGUUUCGUGCGGAGGAAGAAGGCGUCUGGUCCCGUUGAGAGGCUGAAGCGCGAGGAGGCAGAUCUUGGUGGUACGACUCUGCGGCGAGUGCAGAGUGAGGCCUCUCUUUCGAGGACGCCUCAGGAGCAGGACGACAAGUCCGGUGAGCCGGGAAACAAUCGCACGACAGACAUAUUCGACUUCGAGGAGGAACGAGUGUUGCCUAUCGAGCGUCAAGGCGGCCUUUGUAAUCAUCAGUUCUCCUCGCCCUUGCGGAGGCGGAGUCGGUCACGUUCGUUAGAGCCUCCUGCCUUGAUUCGUGAAGUGUCUGGACAGCGUCGUAUAUCAGAACCCCCUGUAAUUCCUGAGCAGCCCGAGUCGAGCGCGCCGGUGACGAGGCAGAACCACUUCAUCCUUAUGGAGGACCUGACUGGCAGGCUGAAGCGGCCGUGCGUCUUGGACCUGAAGAUGGGCACGCGUCAGUACGGUAUGGAUGCCACGCACGCCAAGAAGAAGAGCCAGCGCAAGAAGUGCGAGUACACCACGAGCAAGGCGCUGGGUGUGAGGCUAUGUGGCAUGCAGGUCUGGAAUAACAAGACGCAGUCCUAUAUGACCCAGGACAAGUACAUGGGCCGCAGUGUUCGUCCGGAUGAGUUCCCCUCAGUUCUCGCGUCCUUCCUGCACAAUGGCGAACGCCUGAUGGCUUACCAAAUACCCCCUCUCCUCCAAAAGCUGUACGCGCUGGCACGCAUCAUUAACCGUCUGAAAGGAUUCCGGUUCUAUGGGUGCAGUCUGCUUCUGAUUUACGAGGGCGAUCCCGAGGUACAAGCUGCUUACAAGGCGGCCGCUUGCGAGCAUCCUUCUUCUCGCAGUAAGCGAGGAGAGUCCCUGGAGCGAAACCGUAGCCGAGUGCCCCGGGAGAGCUCGGAGAGGCAAGAAGAGCGGCCUACCCUUCGCCGGUCGCAUAGCGAGGACUUGCUCGUCGGACCCGUCACCAAGCGUUCGGGGCGCCGCCGGAAGCGUGGUGAAGUGAACAUACGUAUUGUGGACUUCGCCCACACCACCACGGGCAGCGACUGGCUGCCGUAUCCGGAGGAUCUCGACGAGGAGCGUGCGCAGGUGGUGACGAGCAGCAAAGGUUACAGGGCUGAAAUAGAUGCGGAGACCGGCUUGCUCUAUGCGCGGUUCCCGCCACAUUACCCCGACCAGCCGGAUCGUGGUUUCCUCUGGGGUUUGAAGAAUCUUUCGGAGGCGUUGGAGAGGAUCUGGAACGAGGAGCGGAUACGGAGGAUCAAAGUUUCCAGGGACGACCCCUCCAUCGUGGCGCACCAGCUGCCGCCGUUAUACACUGAAGGUAAAGAGAUCUUCGAGGAAAUCUUUGGCACCCCUGGGGAAGAUCAGGACCCUGGAAUGAUCUCGACAUAAUGAUAAACAACAUAUUCCUUUCCUCCUUUCUUUUAUGGCUGUAAAUUUACAUGGUACGUUGGUGUCCGUCAUUUCCUGCACGUGUAUUUAAGGACCAGCUGCAUGUUCCAACAUUCACCCUGUCUAGACUGCAUAUCUAUAAUACGGUCUCGCUCUUGUAAUUGUAGCUUAGGCAAUGCCAUGUUGCAUAUUUCUUGUUUCAA